AUGGCUUCAACCAGCGAUCGAGGAAGAGCAAGAGGACGUGGACGUGCAAGACCUACACAACCACUAGACAACGAUGAAACACGACCGGGUGGUGCAGCUCAGCUAGAACAGUCCCAACUGUCAUCCAAUGUCGAGCUCAUUACGGGAGCUGGUGAAUCUCUAAAUCCAGCUCUUCCAUCACAAACAUCGAUACCCACACAGAGUUCAGCAUCGACGACAGAAAAACCACGGAGAGGAGCUCCGGUUGUCAUGAAAAGUGCUCCAAGAGGUACAGGACUUUCAGGUUUGGUACCGGAAUUUGCAGCACUAAAUGUUGGACGUAGUAAUACACGAUCAGUACCAUACACCAGCUCACAACAAAUUCAACAACAAUCAAUAGAAAAAAGAGGCACAUCUGGUGAUCCAAUACAAUUAAUUGCCAAUUAUAUUCGUAUACUAGCAACACCAACAUGGGAAUUGUUCCAAUAUCAUAUUGAUUUUCAACCAGAAGUUGAACAGAGAAAAAUGCGUCGUGAAUUGAUUGCUCAACAUCGUGAUUUAUUCAAAGAUGUAGCCUUUGAUGGCACAACAAUGUAUGCAUUUGACGAUCUUGGUGAUGAAAAAUCUCUUAUGGGACGUAAUCCAGGAACCGGUCAGGAAAUUCAGAUACUUUUGAAAAAAACUGCAAAAAAUUCUCCAGAAAGUCCAAAUUUUUUUCAUUUGGCAAAUCUUAUUGUUAGAAAAUUAUUAGAACUUACUGGAAUGAAAUUGAUUGGACGUAAUUACUAUCAAUAUGAUCGUAAACUUGAUUUGGAGCGUUACAAAUUAACAUUGUUUCCCGGAUUUAUGACAAAUGUAAACAUUUUUGAAGGCUCGCUAAUGAUUAAUGUAGAUUUAAGUCAUAAAAUAUUAAAUAAAACGACAGUGUAUCAACGUUUACAAGAUAUAUUUAAUCAACAAAGAGACUAUAAAAAGGCUCAAGAUCUAGCCACAAAAGAACUUGUUGGCGAAAUUGUUCUGACCACAUAUAAUAACAAAACAUACAAAAUUGAUGAAAUUGCAUGGGAUCAGGAUCCUACUCAUCAAUUUCAAAUGCGUGAUGGUAGUCAAUGGUCAUUUAUGAAAUAUUAUCAAGAAAAAUAUCAACUUCAAAUUGAUGAUCCAGCACAACCAUUGUUAGUCAGCAAACCCUCAAAACGUGACAGACGUGCUGGUAUUACAACACCAUUAUUAUUAAUUCCAGAAUUAUGUUGUGUGACCGGUAUUUCGGAUGUUAUGAGAUCGGAUUUUAUGUUUAUGAAAGAAAUGGCCUCACAUACACAUGUUGAUCCUGCCACACGCUAUGGACGUUUAAAUGAAUUUAUCAAUGAUAUUCAUUCAAAUCCAGAAUGUCAAAAAGAAUUAAACAAAUGGAACAUUCGUUUGGAUGAUGAAUUAGUGCAAUUUGAAUCUCGUGUACUAGAUGCUGAACAAAUUUUGUAUGCUGAUCGUAUUGUAAAAUAUAAUUAUGAAGAAGCUGAUUGGAGUCGUGAAGGGACACCCUUGCCAAAUGAUCGUUCAGAAACAUAUUAUGAUGCAUUAGCAAAAAAAGUUCGACAAGAUACAGAGCUUGUUGUUUGUAUUUUGUCAAAUAAUCGUAAAGACCGAUAUGAUACAUUGAAAAAAUAUUUAUGUUUAGAUAAUCCUGUGCCAUCACAGAUGGUUUUAACUAAAACAAUCUCCAGAAAGAACCAGUUAAUGUCUGUUGCCACAAAAAUAGGAAUUCAAUUGAAUGCCAAACUUGGAGGAGAAAUCUGGGGUGUUUCAAUUCCUACUAAAACAUUGAUGGUUAUUGGGAUGGAUUCGUACCAUGAUCUCAAACGUCGUACUUCAUCUGUUGGUGCAUUUGUUGCUAGUACAAAUCAAACGUUAACGAAAUUCUACUCAAGAAUUAUUUAUCAGCGAACAACUCAAGAACUUAUGGAUGGUUUAACACAGUGUUUAACUGAUGCAUUAAAAGAAUAUCAUCGAAAUAAUAAUUGUCUUCCAGAAAAAAUCGUUUUGUAUCGUGAUGGUGUCUCUGACGGUCAAUUGGCUAUUAUAGCCGAACAUGAACUACCACAAAUUGUUGAAACAUUUCCAAAAAUUAUGCCGGGUUAUGAACCAAAAUUAGCUGUUGUAAUUGUUAAAAAACGUGGCAAUGCUCGAUUUUUUCAACGUAGUGGUCGAUCAAUUUUAAACCCGGCUCCUGGAACUAUUAUUGAUCAUACAGUUACCAAUACCGAUUGGUAUGAUUUUUAUUUAAUAAGUCAAUGUGCUCGACAAGGUACUGUUUCACCCACACAUUAUAAUGUGAUUUGGGAUCGUACCAAUUUCAAAGUCGAUCAUAUGCAACGAUUGACAUACAAACUAUGUCAUUUGUAUUACAACUGGCCUGGAACAAUUCGUGUUCCAGCUGUAUGCCAACUAGGAGCUCUUCAGUGUUUGCAAAUUCGUCAUGAAACAACAAAUACAACCCAAACGUCACCGAGUACAGACCUGGCGACACUAAAAAGAAGUAACUUAAUGGAUUUUUUCGACACAUCUGACACAAUGGCCGAUUCCAAAAUAAUACACGGGAGAUGGUGGCAUAUGGAUGAACUUCGACUAAAAAGUAAUGAAGAUUUGCAUAAGUUAUGGUAUGUACUAUUGAAAGAACGAAAUGUUUUACUAACAAUGGAAGAAGAAUUUCGUUAUCAACAUGAGCUAUUUCCAAAUCCUGAACGAAUCGAUAAAAUCGAAGAAAGUAUGAGAAAUAUUUUGAAUGUAGUGCGUGAGAGAAAUAUAGCUUACAAUCUACUGGAAACAGGAAAAACUGGUGAACAACAACCUAUUUUUCGAAAAACAAGUUUCGGACUAUUACGCUUUUAUAAACCAAAACACCAUAUAGUACCACCGCAUAUGAAUACCUGGUACAAACUACUAUGGGGCAAUCGAAAACCAUCGAAGUGGACAAAGAUAAUGGAACGACGUUAUAAUGAAGUGAAAAAUAAUGAAGAACAUCUCGAAAUGGAACGUAUUAAAAAAGUUGUCGAUAAUGUAAUUCAAAAGUAUCCUCAUUUGGAGAAAGAUCGAGAAUUUGUUAUGGAACGUUAUAAAGAACGGUUGGAAUGUGAAUUUGUUGAAAUACCAGAUAGAUUUAAAAAUCGUCCAAAAUUAAAACCGCAUGAAACCGUAUGGGAUGAGGAUGAAUUUUAUAAGAAAGGGGUGUAUGACGAUCCAAAUAAAGAUGACUAUGAAAUUGUUGUCAAAAAAUAA